AGUAAUGUGUCUGAAAAUUUGGAGUCCAAAGGAAAAAGCAACAUCUGACAUGACUACUAUAGCCUAAAACUAUGCACCUGCAGAUAACCCCUCUGCUGCAGCAGGAAUAAUAAAUAAGUGUGAUUAAAUUAAACAAAACCAAAAGGUUCCAAUUACUGCUUUUCGUUAGACUGGUAUCUUGCCACAUUGUAAUAGCUGACAUUUGACAGGACUCCUCAUAGAGGGUUACCUCCAUUUCACUCACGGAUUAAUUUAAGAGUCAUUCACACCGAGUUAGUCACACAUACUAUCACCAUUAUCAACUUUAGUUUUUAGUCAACAAGUUUUCAGUUGGUGCAAUUUUGGCAUCAAGGAGAUUUUAUGACUUAUUUUUUGGGAGAUUACUUUAAACAGUGUAUAAUUGUGCAGGCUACGUCCCACCGACCAUGCUGUUAAAUUCUACACUGGGUACCUCGUACUUCAAUGUCAUUCCGCAGUGGGGCGGUAACAGCGCCUAUUCGUUCAAAGAUUCACGUAACUCUAUGAAAUCAGUCAGUCCCAACUUCAGAACGGAGUGCACUCGCACUGGAUGGAUCUAUCCCGUGAGCAUGACAAUAAACACGCUCAAUCAAGCCGGGAGCUACAAAGUACAGAUGCCGUGCUUAACAAAGAUGGAGCGAGUUAUUGUAGCUAUGCAAGAUCCUGAUAUGGGGAUGAAGAUGAGGAACCAGAGGCUUCUUAUUACAGUCAUUCCUCAUGCUAUGACAGGAAAUGAUAUUGUGGAGUGGCUGAUUCAGAAAUAUUCCAUCACGGAGGAAGAGGCAUUACAUGUGGGUAACCUUAUUGUGAAGUAUGGCUACAUUUACCCACUGAAGGACCCUAGGACGCUGGUCCUCACACCAGACGACUCCCCCUACCGCUUUCAGACUCCAUACUUCUGGACUACGAACAAAUGGCCUGCUUCAGAGUUAGACUAUGCUAUUUAUUUGGCAAAGAAGAACAUUCGGAAACAAGGAGAACUGAUAGACUACGAAAAGGACAAUUACAAUCUGUUGCACAAGAAGAUUAACCAUACCUGGGACUUUGUGGUUAUGCAAGCUAGGGAGCAGCUGAGGGCAGCUAAGCAGAGGCGAAAGGCGGAUCGCAUUGUUCUCGAAUGCCAGGAGCAAGCAUACUGGCUUGUCAACAGACCCCCGCCUGGGGCAUUUGACGUCCUUGAACAUGGCCCAGAAAGACGGAACUGCUCCAACUCACGAGUACAGCUGAACACUGAGUACUACAAAAAAGAGAUCGAACGCAACAAAAAAUUCCUGUCACGAACUCGGGUUAAGUCCUCAAUUUGCCUGGAAAGCUAUGUCAAAUUCAGUGAACAGUAUCAGUCCCAUGACCCCAUCAUGCAAGGCUGCCUUCCCAGCAACCCAUGGAUAACAGAUGACACCAUGCACUGGUCAAUGAAUUCAGAUAUGGUCGGCACCCCAACCAAGCUAAGGGUGGAGCGUUGGAGCUUUAGCUUCAUGGAGCUGCUGAAUGACCCUAUGGGAAGACAUGAGCUAAUGCAGUACCUGAUGAAAGAGUUUAGUGCGGAGAACCUCUGUUUUUGGCAAGCAUGUGAAGACGUCAGACAUGGAGAGAGCUCUAAAAUUCAACAGAAAAUUGAAGAAAUUUACAAGCAAUUCCUCGCUCCAGGGGCCAGCAAAUGGGUUAAUAUUGACAGCAAGACCAUGGAGAAGACUCUACUGGGCAUCCAGAACCCACAUCGCUUUGUCAUGGAUGAUGCCCAAAUGCACAUCUACUUCCUUAUGAAAAAGGACUCCUAUCCUAGAUACCUAAAGUCUGAGCUGUACAAGAACAUGCUUGCCAAAGCCGUUGUGCCACAGGAGACAAAGAAAAGUGUCUUCCCCUUCAUGAGGCGCCAACGUCAUUCAAGCCCUAGUCCAGCACUGGCCUCUCACGCCACCACAGAAGAAGAUGGGAAAGCAAAGCCCACUGGGACUUCUGGGGGUGCCGGUGCUACAGCACCAGCAGCACAAGCAGCAACCUGCUCUGGAACUGUUUCUCAGGUGUGAGAACACCCGGCUGCCCUCCCUGACUUGGUUUGUGGAGAAUGCUUUUCUGAUCUUUGUGUGGAGUGUCCCAGAUCUUACCAUACUCAACAGUUCUGUUCUUCGCUUCAUGCACCACUGCAUUCAUUUAGCUCAAUUUAAAUUCAGUCAUUUUCAGCAACGCAUUUUGGGAAAAAUAAUAUUGGUUGAGUGUGAGCGAUAACUUCACCAAGUUACUUCAUUUUGUACAUACUGUAUGCAAGGAGGUGUUUUUUCCUGUAGUUAAUUACAGUUUGUUUUUCAUGCCUGUGAUGUACUGUAGGGGCAAGCAGAUUUUAAUUUGUGGACUCACUGAAAUUUAAUUACCCCAGUACGCAGGUAUAUACACCACACAAUGAAACCUCAAAUAUUUGCUUGAGAGUUAACGCUAUUUUAUUUUGUACUGGUGUAUUUAUCUCUAAACAUGUUUCUAUUGAACUGGGAAUCACUGAGAAUCAUUUGGUGAUAUUUUUUUAAACAAUCAAUUAGACCAAAUUACCAUAGGCUUUUUCUCCCAUUACAAUGUUUCCAUGUACAUAUUUGGAUGCAUGGAUGGACUCAUUGUUUAUUGUUCAUCUGCAUGUGUAUCACUUUAUAAUUCAGGCAAUGCUUUGAGUUGUAAAUGCACUGUCAUCCAACUGAUUACAAUAAACCAAGCAACUUUGUGCUGCA